CCCAUCCUCUUCCUUUACUCCAUGCAUUAAAACCCAUCAUCACAGCAGACAAUCAACCUAACAAAAUGAUCACUUUCCUCAACCUCCCCCGUCCCAUCAGGGAGCAAAUCUACCGCUACGUCCUAGUGAUGGCCCGCAUCUUCGUGCGCCCCUUCAUCUCCAUGGACUAUCUCUUCGACCCCAACCGCGUCGAAACCUACGGCUCCCCCACGCUCUCUCUCCUCUCCGUCUGCAAGCAAAUCCACCACGAAGCCACCCCCAUCUACCUACGCGAGAACACCUUCUCCAUCGUCCACAUCGACCUCCUCGCCGCCGCCUGCCGCGAAUUACCUCGCAUUGCCCACAACCUGGCCUCCAUCCGCCACCUCGAGCUCGUCUUCGACUGCCGCGAUUACAUCUACUUCUCGCAGUUCGUGGCCGAGCAGCUCCCCUCCAUCUCAUAGGCUAUCGACGCCCAGUCCUCGAGCUACUUGAAAGUCGCGGCCCUGCGCGCCCUGGGCGUCAUGCACGCCGACUUCCCGUCGUCGGGGCUCCGGCGUUCGCGAUCAUCCAGCACCGUGUCUAUGGAAUCCGCCCCCUCGAUGUCGCAUGACCGCCACGUCGAGAGUAUGAAGGAAUAUCUGUGGGGACGGACGCUGACCUUUGUGCGGCAGAUGUUUCGGCUGGCUUCGCUGAUGGUCGAUCUGAGGCAUUGUACGUGUGUCGAGGGGUGUUGUCGGUUGGCGGGCGAGGUGCUGGGCUGGGGCUGGUUUCGGCGCUGGGUGAAUGGCAUGCCGGCGCAGGUGCAGGUGAGAGGGGUAUCUAGGGACGAGAAGGAAGUUAUUGCGAGGAUCCUCGACGGGCAGAGGUUUCA